GCGGGGAUUUGAAUGAAUACGGGUGUGGAUGAUCAUUAGGCGUCCUCGUGUCCGUCUCCGUUGUUUACUUACAGCUUCAAACGAGCGCAGUUUAUAAUUUUGUGUUAUGAGGCGUGUAGCUGAGCUUCAUUAGAGCUGAGUGAACAUGUCCCGACUUGUCCUAGGGUUAUAAACGUGUUGCUCAGGAGCUGAAUUAGAGUUUGGAGUUUAAACAUCAACAUGGAGGUGGAGAGAGAUUUCAUGAACAGCCCUCCACCUAAAACUGUGCGGUUUGGGGACAGUGUUGUAAAUAGUUUGGCCAAACUCAAGCAGGGAAAUACAAGUGACUACGAGAUGAUAAAGCACCAACUUUCAGACCCUGAAAUUAAGGACGCUCAGAUCAUCAGCUGGCUGCAGGAGUUCAGGUUGUGCGUCACACAACUCGACAAAGAACACGAACAGCUCAUCUACAUGGUUCUGAGGCUGCCGUGGCCGGGCCGGAGUCCCGCCGUGGUGGACGAAUACCUGGCCUUUCUCAGUAACCUCAUCUCGGCUCAGACGGUGUAUCUGAGGUCGUGUCUCAAAACGCUGGUCUCUAAUUUCACCCCCAGGAGAGUCAGAAUCCAGGAAGGAAACGUGGACAUAUCGGAUUCAGACGACGACGAAGAGAACCUGCCCAGGAUAUUCGAUCACUGUCACCAGGCCUUGCAGAUGAUCGCGAGAUACGUUCCAUCCACCAGUCGCUUCCUGAUGCCGAUCCUCAGCGACAACUUCCCUUUUGUACAGAAAUCCUCCAGAACUCUGGAAUGUUACGUUCAUAACCUGCUGCGUAUCACGGUCUAUAUUCCGGCUCUGAGACGAGACGCUCUGGAGCUCAUCAUCAGUAAGAUGCUCACACUGGAUGUGAACGCCCCCCGCAGUGAAAUCGAGGACACGGAGAGUGUGAGGGAGCAGAACCACGGCGCAGGGACUGACGAAGACUUUCUUUUCAACAUGGACGAGGACGAGGACGAAGGCCCUCCUCGUGACGGCGGUCCGCUGAUGUUCCACUCCGUAGCCGAGAGACUGGACACGCUGAUGUUAGUGCUGCUGGCCUACAUUAAGGACGUGAGCCACGUUGACAGUGUGUUGGAUGUCGAGAGAGUCAAAGUUCUGUACAGAGAUCUGGUGUGUGUGUUUGAUAAGCUGGUGCUGCCCACACACGCUUCCUGUCACGUGCAGUUCUGUAUGUUUUACCUGUGCAGCUUUCGCCUGGGUUUAGCUGAAGCCUUCCUCGAUCACCUCUGGAAGGUGCUACAGAGUCCGUCUCAGCCUGCUGUCCUUCGCCAGGCCGCUGCGGCGUACAUGGGCAGCUUCCUCGCCAGAGCCAAGUUCGUUCCCAUAGCGACGGUGAGGGCGUGUCUGGACCUGCUGGUUCCUUGGCUUCAUCUGUACAUAGCCACCCAAGAUUCGGGUUCUAAAGCGUUCUGUGACGUUUCGCUCCACGGGCCGUUCUACGCCUCCUGCCAGGCCGUGUUUUACACACUCAUCUUCAGACACAAAGCCAUCGUAGAGGGAAGCAUGAAGAAAGGCUUGGCCUAUUUACAGAGUUUGAAUCUGGAGCGGAUCGUCAUGAGUCAACUGAACCCGCUGAAAGUUUGUUUGCCAGCCGUCACCAACAUGUUUGCCGCCAUCAUGAGGAAAUAUCAGCUGGUGUUCUGCUACACCAUCAUCGAGCGAAACAACCGCAACAUGUUGCCCGUAGUGAGGAGCUCAGUGGGCGGAGACUCGCUCUCCACCAAUACCAAUCCUCUGGACACCUUUUUCCCCUUUGACCCGUAUUUACUAAAGAGAUCCGGACAGUAUUUUGAAUCCAUCUAUCAGGUUUGGGAAGAGCCGAGCGACUGCAUGGCAGCUCCGAGGAAAGACGUCGCUAAGAAUUCUACAGAAGAGGAGGAUGACUUCCUGCAUGGUGAAACUCCUAAGGCUGACAUGGUGAUGGGGUCGUAUGAGUCGCACCUCCGCAGCCCCAGCAGUGUGGGAUCUCCUCCCAUCGCCUUCCUCCAACGCCCCUUCUGAUGCACACGUUUCCAGCAUUCAUCGCACACGCGCACACACACACACACACACACACACACACACACACACACACACACACACACACACACUCUCUAAGAUGGACUGUUUUCUUUACCCCAAUCUUCUGUAGCAUUCUCCUUCUGUACACACAACCUCAAGAUACAGAUCCUUCAAGAGGCCUCGUGCGACAUUUUUUUGUACAUUUCUUAUAACUUAUAAGUUAAAAAAUGGAUGACGAGAAUCAAGUGUAAAUAAUAAGAUUUAAUAUUUUAAAAAAAGCAAAA